GUCGCUCAUACGUCCAAUGUCAAAUAUGGCUGAUAUCGGUUCGGAUCUCCACACCGUCACGAUCCGAUAUACGGCGCGUCAGGACUCCCCCCUGAACGCGGACCCAAUGGACCACAACAGUUUGGCCCCUACAACUGGUGGCCUUUUGGCCUAUGAUAGCGAAGGCGAAGGCGAAGGCCAGAGCAACCAUCACGACUUUGAUUCUCCUUACGACGCCGACGACGAGUGGGAGAGCAGCUGGGACGCUGAAGACGACGAGGACACUUUGUCAACCACCAACAACAAUCUCCCUUUUAAUGCACCUGCAAAUACGAUUGCCGCAACACCGCUGCCCACUCUGCCGCGAUCAUCUUUGCCGCUCAGCGAUGAAACCCUACUACCCCACUCCACUUCGGAAUCCUCACUAUUCUCCGCUCUGCGGGCAUGGUUCGACAUGCCGUCACCGUCCGACGCGGACUUCAACAUCAGUGAUGACACUGAUUUCGAUGUCCCGUCAAUACUCGAAGGCAUGUACACUUCAUCGCCCUCCCUGUCCUCGUCUUGGCUACUUGAGGACGGCGAACAGGGGGCGGACGAGCAGCAAACCGAUGAUCAGGCGGACGACGAAGAGGACCCUAUCUCCGAUGACGAUAGCAAUGACGACGAAGCAAUGGCCAACUUCUGGCUCAACAUUUUCAUGACGACCCCGGCGGGCAUUGCCUUCAUGGUGAAUGAAGUGGACCAGGAGCUGGACGAUCUCUCCGCCGAGGAGUUUGACACGCUGAUGGGGUUGAUAACGGAUGGCGAGGUUGAUGAUGAGUCCAGUUCGAGGGAAAGGUGGGAGGACGAGGACGAGGAUGGGGGCAUGGCGGAACUCUGAACUUCGCAGGUUUGAUGGCGAAGUAGACAAGAGAAGGGGGGGCUCCGUUCGUUAUAUAACCGCGGGCAGCACGUACUGUACAGCGCAAAUCGACUUGAUGCUGCUAGAGCACAUCAAUGCCACGUACGCCCUCAAAAUCAAGAGCAACAACUCCACCCAUGAUCACUGUAUCCAGUGUAACGCCAUCAAGAAGGUUAAGGUCUACAAUCCCCCCGAACUCCUUGCGUAUUCGCU